GACAUCAUUUCUGGUCCGGUAUAAAAGCCCAGUUAGCGGACUGAAGACUAUCACAGACCCCCAGCUGUUCUGCGUACUGUAGCCCGAUCAUCAUGCGUGAAAUUGUACAUCUGCAAAUUGGACAAUGUGGCAACCAGAUCGGCUCAAAGUUUUGGGAAGUGAUCAGUGAGGAACAUGGGAUCAAUGCAGUAGGACUCUACGAAGGAGAGAGUGACCUCCAACUGGAGAGGGUCAACGUCUACUUCAAUGAAGCAUUCGGUGGUAAAUAUGUCCCCAGGGCCCUGCUUGUGGACCUGGAGCCUGGCACCAUGGACAGUGUCAGAGGAAGUCGCAUUGGGGCCCUUUUUAGACCAGACAACUUCAUCCAUGGGAACUCAGGAGCCGGGAACAACUGGGCGAAGGGCCACUACACCGAGGGAGCCGAGCUGGUGGAGCAGGUGAUUGACAGAGUGAGGAAUGAGAGUGAAAGCUGUGACUGCCUCCAGGGUUUCCAGCUGGUUCACUCAUUGGGGGGCGGCACUGGCUCCGGCAUGGGAACCCUCCUCAUCAACAAGAUUCGUGAGGAGUACCCCGACCGCAUCAUGAACAGCUUCAGCAUCAUGCCAUCGCCCAAAGUCUCUGACACGGUGGUGGAGCCGUACAACGCUACGCUGUCAGUCCACCAACUCCUGGAGAACACAGACGAGACCUUCUGCAUCGACAACGAAGCCCUGUAUGACAUCUGUUUCCGCACGUUAAAACUGACCACACCGACUUACGGCGAUCUCAACCACUUGGUGUCCAUGACCAUGAGCGGGGUCACGACCUCACUGAGAUUUCCGGGACAGCUCAACGCAGACUUGAGGAAGCUUGCUGUCAACAUGGUGCCCUUCCCUCGCCUCCACUUCUUCAUGCCAGGCUUCGCUCCUCUGACAGCACGUGGCAGCCAGCAGUACAACGCCCUCACUGUGCCCGAGCUCACCCAGCAGAUGUUUGAUGCCCGCAACAUGAUGACGGCCUGCGACCCGAGGCGGGGGCGCUACCUCACGGUCGCCGGUGUCUUCCGUGGUAAGAUGUCCACCAAAGAGGUAGACGAACAGAUGCUUGCAAUCCAGCAGAAAAACAGCAACUACUUUGUGGACUGGAUCCCCCAUAACGUGAAGGUUGCCGUGUGUGACAUCCCACCCCGAGGCCUCAGAAUGGCCUCGACGUUCAUCGGCAAUAACACAGCCAUUCAGGAGAUAUUCCGCAGAGUGGGCGAGCAGUUCUCCCUGAUGUUCCGACGCAAGGCUUUCCUCCACUGGUACACAGGGGAAGGUAUGGAUGAAAUGGAGUUCACUGAGGCAGAGAGCAACCUCAACGACCUGGUGUCAGAGUACCAGCAGUACCAAGACGCCACUGCUGAUCUAGAUUGGGAACCAGAGGAGGAAGAGGAAGAGGGACCCUCAUCAUCAGUGACCAGACAGGGUCAGUCUCAGGUGGAGGUUAAACUGGAAACAGUGACAGAAACGAUCACAGAAACUGUAGAUGAGUAGAAAACAAAGGGGCACAGUGUGGCAUGUUGGUGUGACUUUUUGUGGCAUGGAUGAAGAAAACAUAUGUGGGAUCGUUGGUCCAAAAAGAGAACUCUUAAUUUGUAGUUAGUUAUUUUUUAAAAAUAGUGCAUCAUAUUUCAAUAAUGCUAAUUGUCUAAUUUGUAUUCUUCAGAUGACUUGUGUGUUUAUAUGUUUGAUUUGGAGAAAUAGUUCUUCUUAUACAGUAAAUUUUUGAUCAGGAACUUUUUUGCAUGUGUAUAUACAUAUAUAUUACAUUAUUUUACCAGCUUAUUAUAAUCUACAGCUUUAAAAAUAAAAUUGGGAUGUUUACACUGUUUGUAUAAGUUAUGACGGUAAUUAAAAAGAGUAAAAUGCAAA